GUGCGUCACGUGAUCGGUCCAACAUGGCUUUCUGUACAGCAGCACAAUAGCAGCAUGAGGAUAUUCGUCUGUGGACCGUUUGAUUCACCUUUUAGCUUCUUUAUUUAAGUGCUGCCCCUGAACUGUUUGCAUCUGAAGAUGAAGCUCCGAGUACAACUGCAGUGCAAGAACCUCCAUGAAUACCUGAGAGAACUGAGCCCUGAGAUCCUCGACAGACUCUACAACCACCCAGCAACAUGCCUGGCUGUUUACAGGGAGCUCCCAUCACUGGCCAAGAAUUAUGUUAUGCGCAUGCUGUUCCUGGAUCACGCUCUGCCGCAGGCAGCCGUGGCUUUAUGGGUCAAAAAGGACAGCCAGAAGGAUCAUGACCAGUGUGUGUCUGUGCUGACCGGACUCAGACUGUGGCAUAACCAGCAGCUUCAGGGGGGCCUGCAGGGCAUCGUUCUGAACCCUGUGUUCAAAGACAACCUGAGGAUAGCACUGCUCGGCGGUGGCAAGGCGUGGGCAGAUGAGGGCAGUAGCCUUGGCCCUGAUCGGCAUGCGCGGGAUGUGGAGAGCCUGGAUCGUUAUGCUAUGGAGCGCUGGGAAGUGAUCCUGCACUUCAUGGUGGGCUCCCCCAGCGCAGCGGUCAGCCAGGACCUGGCCCAGCUCCUCAUUCAGGCUGGCCUCAUGAAAAGUGAGGCAGGUGAAGCUCCGUGUAUCACUUCAGCCGGGUUUCAGUUCCUCCUGCUGGACACGGCCUCUCAGCUGUGGUACAUCACUCUGCAGUACCUCAAAACAGUGCAGUCUAGAGGGAUGGACCUCGUGGAGAUUCUUUCCUUCCUGUUCCAGCUGAGUUUCUCCACUCUUGGCAGGGACUAUUCUGUCGAGGGCAUGAGCGAGUCUUUGCAGACGUUUCUCCAGCACCUGCGGGAGUUUGGCCUGGUUUUUCAGAGAAAGAGGAAGUCGCGGAGGUAUUACCCUACAAGACUGGCUAUAACUUUAGCUGCAGGUGUGACUGCCAACCCUUCAUCAUCAUCCUCCUCCACUGCUAUGAGCGCUACACCUGGAACAGGAGAAUCUGGCUUUAUUGUGGUGGAAACCAACUAUCGUGUAUAUGCUUACACAAGCUCAGAACUGCAGAUUGCUCUGGUUGCUCUCUUCAGCGAGAUGCUCUAUCGCUUUCCUAACGUGGUUGUGGCCCAAAUCACCAGGGAGUCUGUGCAGCAGGCUAUCGCUAAUGGCAUCACUGCACAGCAGAUCAUCCACUUUCUGAGGACAAGAGCACAUCCAGUGAUGCUCAAACAGACUCCGGUUCUUCCCCCGACUAUCACGGACCAGAUCAGACUGUGGGAGCUUGAAAGAGAUCGGCUACAGUUUACAGAAGGAGUAUUGUACAACCAGUUCCUGUCGCAGGCUGAUUUUGAGGUUCUGCGGGACAGAGCUCAGGGUUUGGGCGUGCUGGUGUGGCAGAAUGCACCUCACAGGGUUAUGGUGGUCACACCCCAUGGACACAGCGAGGUUAAGAGGUUCUGGAAGAGACAGAAGAGUCACACAUAGGACACAAAGGCCCUGUGCAUACCUGUUAUUAGUGUCUGUCUCAAGUGAUCUGAUCACAAGUGGACAGUGAGAAGUAUAUCCAUUCACACCUGGCGUUUCUACAUGUCUCGAAUGAGUCUCCGGUGACCACUUGUGAUCUGAUUUCGUAACUGGAGGAAAGGUACCGCGGACAUUUUCCUACAGUCUCUCGCUAAGUUUGCUAUCAAACUAAAACAUGUUGUCAGUCCCUUGUUCAUGUAUGAGUUGUUGCCAACAUUUAGUUUGCUUGGAUUGCUAAUGCAACUGGAGUGGUGAUGAAUAAAGAAGCUACGCGGUUGCUGAUGAUUGGUUGGUCCCUUGUUGCUGAUUGGGACACACCAGGAUGCCUUAGCGUCUUCAUUACAAAUGCUAUGCGUUUGUAUGCGUUCCCACUUCCAAAGGUGGUUUGAGUGAUCAGAUCACAGUGCUUCAUACUAGCACUUGCCUUGUCCACUUCCGAUAAGAUCACCCAAGGAUAUGUUAAUGCCAGGUGUAAAGGGGGCCGAAGACUCUGGACAACAAAACUGAUGCCGCAGUAGACUAAAGACAUAAUUGCCCAGAUGCACAUCUUUAUGGAAGCCAUAAAAAAGCUGUCUACAUGCAUUUGAGUCAUUUUCAUUUUCUCCAGGAGAGUAUAAAUGGACUAUUUGCUUAAAUUGCACCGCUGUUAUAAAAUGUGUGCUUUUGAAAAGUGGGAUCAAGGGGGAAAUAAACUAAUGUUGAACCAC